UCCUUGACAGCCCCCGCUGUACGUAACGUGUCAAAGAAUCGAAUCAAUUCAGUCUCGCAGCAGUCCGCUUGAGCCAUUGCCUGGACCGUGAAGAGAUAUACUAGUGUUUCAAGACUCAUCGAGCAGGAAAACAUGUCCGCAUCACCGACCAUCGCCACUUCUUCGGCCAAGCGGCCUCUGGAGGAACCCUCCUCGCCCGCUGGCCCCAAUGACCAGCCAGAUGCUAAACGGCCCGCGCUGGAUAAGAUGGUGAAGGAGGACCCGACCGCAGAGGACAUCGACACGGCGCAGCCAGUCAAGGGUGAAGGCAUCGCGGCCGACGACAUCAAACCCGACGACGUGAAGCCGGCCCCAACUGCAGAGGAGACCAUCGCGGCUCAGAAUGGUGCUAAGGACACCGAGACGGACAUUGUAGUUCCAGACGCACCGGCCAUCCUCGAGACUCAGCCCAUCCAGUCCACAUCUGGCGCCAACGGCCGGUCUCUCCCGCACAACCAACACCAAGACGAGACCAACUGGCUGCACCUGCGCGCAUGCAUUGGUACGAGCGAGGCCGCGACCAUCAUCGGCAAAGGCGGCGAGAAUGUCACCCAGAUUCGCCGUCUCUCUGGCGCAAAGUGCACCGUCAGUGACUAUUCUCGAGGCGCUGUCGAGCGCAUCUUGACGGUGAGCGGCCAAGUAGACGCUGUGUCUAAGGCGUUUGGUCUCAUCGUCCGCACCCUCAACCAGGAGGACCUCGAGACGCCUUCUACGUCACAAUCCAAGGCCUACCCUAUGCGCUUGCUGAUUCCCCACAUCCUCAUCGGCUCAAUUAUCGGCAAAGGGGGCGUCCGCAUCCGAGAGAUCCAAGAGGCAUCGAAUGCUAAACUGAAUGCAUCGGACACCAUGCUUCCGAACUCUGGCGAGCGCUCGCUCGUCGUGCUUGGUGUAGCAGAUGCUGUUCAUAUCGCUGUUUACUACGUCGCUCAGACCCUGGUGGAGCAGCUCACGGAGCGGUUCGGUGGCCCAGCUGCUUCGCAAUACGCGACUCGUAGCGGUACCGCGGCGAACGUCGUACCGGGUGGCAUGUCUGUUCAGCCUUACGUCCCCCAACCCGCUGGAGGCCAAUAUGCUUAUCCUGACAACUACCGCCGACAUGCCAACCAAGCACAGCGCACCCCGGUUCAUACACAUGCUACUCCGUACAUGCAUGGACAGCCGCCGCAUCAAGGCUAUGGACAGCCCAACAUGCCUUACGGAGCCGGCUCGCCUGCGCGCGCUCACUACGGUGCCCCUGGACCUCAGCCGACUCCCUAUGGAGCUCACCACGCUGCUGCACCAGUUGCACAUGGCGCAGCCCCGAAUCAGCCGCCUGUGCAACUUCCUGGACAGCCACUCACGCAGCAGAUCUUCAUCCCGAACGACAUGGUCGGCGCAAUUAUCGGUAAGGGUGGUGCAAAGAUCAACGAGAUUCGGCAAUUGAGUGGCAGUGUCAUCAAGAUCAACGAGCCUACUGACAACAGCAACGAGCGCCUCGUCACUAUCACCGGCACCCAAGAAUGCAAUCAGAUGGCCUUGUAUAUGCUGUAUUCACGACUCGAGUCGGAGAAGCAUCGCAUCUGAGCGCGAAGCUCAUUCUCUACCGUUCGCUCAACCACCAACGGUAUAUCGGUAUUAGAUUGAACGCGCCUUUCCACCCGGCUCUCCCAAUUCUGAAUGCAUUCGGCCGCACGGCGUAUACGGUUAGGGAUCUCGGCUUCACGAUUUGUAUUCUACAAAACAUACAUAAGUUUCAUGGAGACC